UUUGGACUUGGCCCUUUUGAAAUCUGUACACACAGUCGUGUUAAAAUGUGAUUUGGCACCAUAAAACUAUAAUCGAUGUCCAUUUCAAAAGAACAGAAUAUUUCUGUUUUCUUGAAACAGUACAGCUUUAGAAUGGAUGUCAAAUUAACUUUGAUUGUUAAUGUUUUGUUGUCCAUAUUAGGAUGUAUGAUAACUUUCCGCGUCAUCCCCCGGUUUAAAGACAUGUUUUUGAAAGCUAAUCUUUACGGAAUUGAUAUGGGGAAAAGGAAUAGUAUUAAAAUACCUGAAGCAAUGGGAGUUGUUUGUGGAUCUGUAUUUUUGAUUAUAAUGUUCCUAUUCAUUCCAGUUCCUUUUAUUCAGUAUUGGACAACAAAUUCUGGAGCACCUUUCCCACAUCAUCAGUUUGUUGAAUUAGUUGCUGCAUUGUUAUCCAUCUGCUGCAUGUUGUUCUUGGGGUUUGCUGAUGAUGUUUUAGAUUUGAAAUGGCGUCACAAACUAUUACUUCCAACAAUGGCUUCUUUGCCACUUCUUAUGGUGUAUUAUGUUACAUAUAAUGGAACCACUGUUAUAAUACCUAAGCCAUUCAGAUACUUUCUAGGCAAUGAUGUAUGGUUAGGUCCAUUGUAUUAUGUGUAUAUGGGCAUGUUGGCUGUUUUUUGCACUAAUGCAAUCAACAUUUAUUCUGGCAUAAAUGGUUUGGAAGUUGGACAAGCCGCUGUAAUUGGUGCAUCAAUUGUGAUUUUCAACAUUAUUGAGCUUUUUGGAGAAUGUUGGAAUGCUCAUCUUUUCUCAUUAUACUUUAUGCCUCCAUUUCUUUCCACAACUGUUGCUUUACUUUAUUACAAUUGGUAUCCAGCAGCUGUUUUUGUUGGAGACACUUUCUGUUAUUUUGCUGGAAUGACAUUUGCUGUGGUUGGUAUUUUAGGCCAUUUCAGCAAAACAAUGUUGUUAUUUUUCUUGCCACAAGUUAUAAAUUUUCUGUUUUCUUGUCCACAACUUUUUCAUUUCAUACCUUGUCCACGGCAUCGACUUCCAAGGUUUAAUAGGGCACAAAAUGUCUUGGAGCCUAGCACUGUGAUAUUUAGGGAAGCUUCUUUAUCUCCUCUUGGUCGUUUAUCAUUAUUUGUUGCAAGAACAUUUCGACUUGUUCAUAUUAAAGAAGAUGUUAGAGAUGGUGAAGUGUAUUCUGAAUGCACAAAUUUCACACUUAUUAAUUUCAUGUUGAAGGUUUUGGGUCCAACUCAUGAGAGAACACUUACUAUUUAUUUAUUGACUAUGCAGGCCCUUUGUAGUUGUGUUGCAUUUUGCAUCAGAUAUGGUCUCUCCAGAGUGUUUUAUGAUUCAUGAUAAUUUAUUCUUUUUGAAUAAUGUACAUAAAAAUAUAUUUAUACUCAGAAAAUCUAUGUAUUGAUAUCAAAUACUCUAAUGUAAAAUCAUU